CUUUGACUCGAGUUUGAGUGAUAGAGUUUUCUCUUCCACUGCCUGUUCCCGAAGGGUACAUCAUCCUGGAGGAAGUGGGGCAGUGUAUUUCCCCAACAAGAUUUCAGGAGAGGAUUUUGUGAUGGCGAGAAGAAGCUGAAGCCUCUGCUAUUACGCAACUGAUUAUGCCGUCUGUUCAGUCCAAGUUAUGGCAGUAUGGCGCAGGCGGUGCAGCCCUGGCCGGAGGUGCCUACCUCGGUUUGAAGUUGUCAGGUUUGGACAAACUUAUUGCCAAACAGCUUCGGCGACGUAAGGAGGGGCCCACCGACCAGGAGCUAGUUGCUGAGCUACCUGGACUGCAUGAACAUGGCGUUGGAGGAAAGCGCAAUGUGCCAUCUCUCAAUCGGGAGUUUCUGGUACGUUUGCGUAAAUUGCUGUCGAUCGUUUUCACCGGUCCAUUCUGCAAGCAGUCAGUGAUCUUGUUCCUGCACACAUGCACGCUAGUUGUUCGGACGUUCUUGUCGAUCUACAUUGCCAAUUUGGACGGCUCCAUCGUCAAAGCCAUUGUGGAAAGGAGACCCGAUGUUUUUAUCAUGGCGAUCUUGAAAUGGCUGCUUGUAGCAUUGCCUGCGACUUUCAUCAACAGUGCCAUCCGGUACUUGGAGAGUUCACUGGCGCUGUCUAUCCGGACUAAGAUGGUGAAUCACGCCUACAACGAGUACUUCAAGGACCAGGCCUACUACCGCGUGUCCAACCUGGAUGCGCGUUUGGCAAACGUCGACCAAUCGCUGACGGACGACCUGCGCUCGUUCUCUACUACUGUGGCACACGUGUACAGCAAUGUGAGCAAACCGCUGCUUGACUUGCUGUUCAUGAACUACACGCUGUAUCACAUGGCAUCGUCGGCCCAGGCCAAUAUGUCGCUAAGCUCCAUGAUUGGCGUGGCAACGUUCCUCUGUACGGGCGGCAUCCUGCGUUUGUGCGCUCCGUCGUUCGGCAAGCUAGUCGCAGAGGAAGCACACCGCAAUGGCUACUUGCGCUAUGUGAACUCUCGUGUGGUCAGCAACAGUGAAGAGAUUGCCUUCUAUGGCGGGCAUACCGUAGAGCGUACACUCAUCCAGAAGGCGUAUCAAGCUCUUGCCCGGCAAAUGCAGAUGAUCUUUAACAAGAGACUUUGGUAUAUUAUGCUGGAGCAGUUCCUCAUGAAGUACGUGUGGAGCGCGGCGGGUCUCUUCAUGGUUGCCAUACCGAUCAUGUCCGCCACCAAGAAGCCCAACGCCGCUCGCAUUGAGCACGCACCAGAGGAGACCUCGGCAACGGGACCUUCAGUUGUUGUGUACGAGCAGAGCAGCAGCGAUGCCGACAGCGGUGAAGUCACUGUCAGCGACCGCACACAUGCCUACACCAUGGCCAGAAACUUGCUGGUCUCAGCUGCAGAUGCCCUGGAACGAAUGCUGGCUUCCUACAAAGAUAUCACAGAGUUGGCUGGCUACACGUCGCGUGUAUCUAGAAUGUUUGAUGUAUUUGAGGAGGUGAAGAAGGGCAACUACCAGCGCACUACAGUCACAGCUAACUCACAGGGUGACAAGAAAUGGGUCCCCAGCGACUCCAGGAACAGCCACCAGGUCGUGCACCUUGGUCGUGUGGAGAGUGCGUGCGGUAUUGUGGAGGAGUGUGUGGACCGUCUCAGUCUGGAGGCGGUGCCAGUGGUCACUCCCAACUACGAUGUCGUCGUUGAGAAGCUGUCUAUUGAAAUCAAGCCUGGCAUGCAUCUUCUCAUUAGUGGGCCAAACGGCUGUGGCAAAAGUUCUCUUCUCCGAAUUCUCUGUGGCUUGUGGCCUGUGUAUCGUGGUCGUUUGAUCAAGCCGCCAACACGUCACAUGUUCUAUAUCCCUCAAAAGCCAUACAUGACCCUGGGAUCGCUGCGUAGUCAGGUGAUUUAUCCAGAUACCCGGGACGAAAUGAUCAGCAAGGGGGUGACAGACCAGGAUCUGAUGAACAUCCUUGAUACAGUCCAUCUCCAGCACAUUGUUCAGAGAGAAGGUGGCUGGGAUGCCAUCAAUGACUGGCAAGACCUGCUGUCGGGUGGUGAGAAGCAGCGCCUGGGCAUGGCUCGCCUCUUCUAUCACAAGCCUCGGUUUGGUUUGCUUGAUGAGUGCACCAGCGCUGUCAGCAUGGACGUCGAAGGUGCCAUGUACCAGGCUCUCAAGGACAGAGGCACCACUCUUAUUACCAUCACGCACAGACCAUCUCUUUGGCGAUUCCACACUCACUUGCUUCAGUUUGACGGCGAAGGCCACUGGCGCCUGGAAGCGCUGGACUCAUCGGCCCGACUUUCACUGCGUGAGGAGAAGGAGCAGCUCGAAGCACAGCUCAGCGGACUGCCCACCAUGCAGAAGAGAUUGCGUGAGCUGUGCACACUGCUUGGUGAAGAUUCGGUGCUGGCCAACAGCUCUGGGCAAUCCACGCCAACGUGUACGAGUCCCACCGGUGUAGCCGCAACUGCUGGAGCUGCGGUCGCUGCAAACGGCGGUCCAUCUCCCAGUGCUGAUGCAAAGACCACAUCCGCCAAGGCUGCUAAGGCACCCAAAUCACAACCCAGACAACGAUAGUGUGUCAUUGAUAUACACACUAGUCUGAGGAACAUCGAACGGACUGCUAAGGUGCACGCCUGUAAGCGACAGAGCAUCAUCAACUUUUCCAAUUUAGUUUUGUUCUUUAUCACCGUGUACAGACCGUAUGUACAAAUUAUCCAGAUCAUUGGAAUUCAGCGUAGCAACCCUUCCUGGUCAGUUCCUCUCUUCUUUUUCAACUCAGUCUCUUUUUACUAGUUGUUAGAGCUCUUGCUUCUGUUUCCUUUAGCUUUGUACAGCACUCUAGACCUCAUUGGAUUUGACUGUAUGCUACUGAAGAAUAUAGGCUAUUUAAUCAACAAUGGAGACAUUUGGAUUUUUUGAAUUCUUCCUUAUCAUAGUUGAUUAUUAUGUUUCCUAUCAAGUGCCAUACCCAUGGCACUGUAUUACAACGUAUCUUUCCUAGUCUGGUGAUAACGUUAGCAUUGUAAUGUGCACAUGUUAUCCUUA